GACUUAAACCCCUCCGCUCCUACUGCCUCCUGCUCGAUGCUCAAUUGGUCAUCCCUUUAUCUCUCCCCCUCUCGCUUUCGACAACAGCUGCGUUCUCGCUUUCGUCGGCAAGGGAAUCGCUACCGUCAUCCUCCUGGAUCCUCUCUCUACACCCCAAAGAUCUAUAUUGAGUUCUAUUGUUCUCUGAUAAUUGAAGCCAAAACCUAAACGCAAACACUAUGAGCUCGUUCACCAACACCUCCAAUUUUGACAAUCUCCUGCUUCAAACCCUAAUGGGCCGACUGCAAAUCCAUCCUCCAAAUUCUACCCACAAUCCCUUCCUCUCUCAGUCACUUGAGGACCUCCUCUUUGAUGCUGCAUACAAUAACUCUGAUAACUCUGAUGAUGAUUGCUCUGAUUCCAGAACCCAGCUCUCUAAAGAAGAAUCCAAGCUUGAGAAGGAAAUCAUUCGACUCAUCCUCUCAGGUAAGACUGAUUCAUUGAACCCCAACUCGGGUCAGGCAGUUACAAUUGGUGAACAUCACAUAUGUGUUGGGUUUCAUGAGGAAAAAGGAUCAGAUUAUCGAGUGUGGGAGUGGCAUGGACAUAUUAUGCUGUUUGAUGAAGAGAAUGGAUACACUCCUGAGUAUAUUUAUGGAAAUUACUUUGAGAGGCUGCAGGGUAAGGUGGCCAGAUCUGGCGGGGUUAGUAAGGUGGACAAGGAAGAGGAAGAGGAGGAGAAGGAAGAGGAGAAAAUGGGGAAUUUGGGGUUGAGAGAGUUGAUUGAUGGUGGGGAUUCUGGUGGUGCUCGAAUUCUUCAUAGGAAUAUCAAUGCUGGUUCUUCAAGGCUUGGUUGAGUGGAUUUGGGCAUUCAAGGGAAGACUUGAAUCAGUAUGUCAAAUCCCAUUUAUUCUUCAAGAUUGAAGCUUUCUGGUUAUCAUUGGGCACAUAACUGCUGGUGCAGUUCCAUGAUCCAUUUGGUGUUUCGCAUGGGUGUUAUAUUUGAAUUUCAUGUACAUGUUAGAAUAUAUGCAUGAACAGAUUUCUUUCAUUUUGUAAGACUAUUUUGUUCAACUACUUCAUGCGAGCUGAAUAAAUAUAUAUAUAUAUAAAAAAAAAUUGAAAAGAUGUAAGGUUUCUCUC